AUUCCGCCCAAGGAAAUCGACUGGAGGAGCAAAGGCGUCGUCACACCAGUCAAAGAUCAAGGACCAUGCGGAUCGUGUUGGACAUUUGGAGCGACUGCUGCAUUGGAGAGUCAAUACGUGAUUCAGACGGGAAACAACCUGACCGACCUGAGCGAGCAGAGCCUGCUCGACUGCGAUACUCACUCCGAAGGCUGCAACGGUGGACGUACAUUGAAUGCCUUCAAAUUCGUGGCGAAACACGGAAUAGCACGCGAGGUUGACUACCCUUAUACGCACGUAAAAGGACCGUGCGAGUGCAAAUGGAAGGGCUGCUCCAAACACCCCAAGGUCUCAAAGGUUCUCAGCUUAUGUUGGGGGAACGAGGAGGAUCUGAAGAAGGCCGUCGGCUUGCUCGGACCCGUUGCCAUGGUUUUUGACGGCGCAGUCGCGUCUUUUCUGUAUUACAAAAAGGGCGUUUACUCGGCGUCAGAGUGCAGAGCAAAUAGUAAAAAUCACAGCAUGGCAAUUGUGGGAUACGGAACGGAAAACGGUCAAGAUUAUUGGCUAGUCAAAAACUCAUGGGGCAAUUGGUGGGGUGAAGAAGGUUACAUUAAAAUAGCACGCAACAUGAACAAUUUCUGCGGCAUCACUAAUAAAAUUUAUCUGCCCUUGUACGAUUCACCCAGUUAA